AUGAUACUGCGUGACUACCCGACGGACCCUAUCAAAACCCUCAUCAACUCUGGCGCCACCUCCAAUUUCAUAUCCCCUUCUCUAGUAGAAAAACUGAAAAUUCCAAAAACCCUACUCGAAAAUCCACGGGUAGUGAGGAUGUUAGACGGUACCAUAUCUCAGACUGGUCGCAUAUGGCACCAGGUUAAUCUCACGGUCUCGGCCAAUGGCCAUACCCACACCAUUCCCUUCCUUGUUUGUCCCAUUGGGAACACACCUGCCAUACUUGGCAUGACAUGGCUCACUCAGGAGUCACCCUUGAUCAAUUGGUCCUUAGGCACGGUUACCUUCCCAGAACAAGUUCAGAUUGCGUCCGAAGAAGAGGCAGACCCUAAUCCCUUAGCCGAUCUUCCGAAACAAUACCAUGAGUUUGCUAAAGUCUUUGGCAAAGAAGAAUUUAAGGUCCUCCCUCCACAUAGGGAGUAUGAUAUCUCAAUAGACCUUGUUCCGGACGCCAAACUUUCCCCUGGCCCCAUCUAUGGCAUGACUGACGCAGAAUCAAAGGCGCUUAAACAACACAUUGAUGAGGAAUUAGCAACAGGCAAGAUCCGCCCCAGCACUUCCUCAGCAGGCGCCCCAGUCAUGUUCGUUAAGAAGGCGGAUGGUUCAUUACGUCUGGUGGUAGAUUAUAGGAAGUUGAAUGAGGUCACCCACAAGAACGUUUACCCACUUCCCAGGCAAGACGACCUCAUGGCCAAGUUGAGGCAUGCCAAAAUAUUCACCAAGCUGGAUCUACGCUGGGGUUAUAACAACGUCCGAAUUAAGAAGGGAGAUGAAUGGAAGACGGCGUUCAGAACAAAGUACGGGCUGUUUGAAUACCUGGUGAUGCCCUUUGGCCUUACCAACGCCCCGGCCGCCUUUCAACAUUUUAUGAACGACCUAUUCAGGGAUCUGAUUGAUGUCACAGUGGUGAUUUACCUGGACGAUAUUCUCAUUUUUUCAGAAAACCCAGAAGACCAUCCAACCCAUGUCAGAGAGGUACUGUCCCGACUUAUGAAGAACCAGCUCUUUUGCAAACUGUCAAAAUGUCACUUCCACGUCACUACGGUUGAUUACCUUGGCAUUGUUAUAUCCCCAUCAGGCUUCUCCAUGGAUCAGAAGAAAGUGGAGGCAGUUACAUCAUGGCCUCAACCCAGAACGGUCAAACAGGUCCAGGCUUUCUUGGGCUUUGUUAACUACCUCCGACGAUUCAUCCCCAAUUUCAGCUCAGUGGCACGCCCUCUGCACAACCUUACCAGAAAGGAAACCCCCUGGUCAUGGGGCGACCUAGAGGAAGCAGCAUUUCAAGAGUUGAAGGUCCUUGUCACCAAGUCGCCGGUUCUCAUCCAUUCCAACCCAGAACUCCCCUACUAUCUCGAGACCGACGCCUCAGGGGUUGCAAUGGGGGCCAUUCUUAGUCAGCGGGGCUCGGAUAACCGACUACAUCCAAUUGCCUACAUGUCAAAAUCGUUCUCAGGGGCAGAGGCCAACUAUGACACCCAUGACAAAGAACUUCUGGCUAUCAUCAAGGCAUUGGAAGAGUGGAGGAUUUUCCUAGAAGCAACGGAUAAACCAAUCCAGGUGUUCACGGAUCAUCGAAACCUGGAAUACUGGAUGCAGGCACAAACCUUCAACCGCAGGCACGCGCGAUGGCGCAUCUUCCUGAGCGACUUCAAUUUUGAGAUCCACUAUCGCCCAGGAAAGCAGUCGGGAAAACCAGAUGCCUUAUCUAGACGAUCGGACUAUAUCGAUGCACCCCAGGAACCGGAAAUCAUGCUCCCCGCCGAAGUCUUUGCCAACACUUCAGAAGAAGAACUGGAAAUAGUCACGGAAAAGAUGCGGACAAUGCACCUCCCUCAAUUCGAAAAGCCUAUUGAGACUAUGACUGGGAAGAAGAGCUAUUAUGAAUUGGAAUCCCUCAAGGAACGGAUAUUGAAGGAAUUCCAUGACUCCCCGCUGGCAGGACACCCAGGACAACAAAGGACGCUUGAACUUGUCAGCAGAUCCUAUUGGUGGCCCGGAAUGAAAUCCUCAACCAAAGAAUGGGUCGAGUGUUGCCCGACUUGCCAAGCAAACCGCCGCGCCCGCGCACCCGUCAUUGCACUAAAACCCUUGGAGGUCCCCCCCUUUCCUUUUCACACAAUAUCCUACGAUUUCAUCACGGGGUUCCCCAAAUCUAACGGGCACAAUGCAAUUCUGGUGGUAAUUGAUUCCUUCUCCAAGUUUGGUCAUUUUAUCCCAACCACAAAGAAGGUCACGGCCAAGGGACUAGCGGACCUAUUCAUUACCCACGUCUGGAAGUCACACGGGUUACCGGUCAGAACAGUCUCAGAUCGCGGAACAACGUUCACAGGAAAAUUCCUAAGAGCUCUAUACCAACGCCUUGGGAUCAAACCCUCAUUCUCAUCGGCCUACCACCCGGAGUCAGACAGUCAAACAGAAAGGGUGAAUCAAUUCAUUGAAUUCUACCUGAGAUCAUACGUAGCAGCAGACCAUUCGGACUGGGCCUCCUGGUUGCCGUUAGCGGAAUACGCGUACAACAACGCUAAACACUCCGCCACCGGAAAAACCCCCUUCGAGUUGGUUUAUGGAAGAAACCCGGUCAUGAACCCUUCCAACGUCCCAGCAAACGUACCAGAAGCUGACAACAUGGCUGAUACUCUGGCACAAGAGUGGAAGGAGGCAGAAUCCGCCCUGAGAAUGACAAAGGAAAGAAUGGCAGGAACCAAGGGAAUGACCCCGGAAUAUUCCAUCGGAGAAAAAGUUUGGCUAGACGCAAAAAAUGUGGAGAUACGUUCUAACUCCAACAAACUGGACCCAAGACGUCUAGGUCCGUUCAAAAUCACCGAAAAAAUCUCCAGCCAUGCGUAUCGCCUGGAACUUCCUGCAACCAUGAAAAUCCAUGACGUAUUCUAUGUAGGAUUACUAUCCAAAGUCCACGAGUCCCCAAACCAACCACUUCCGGAGAGCCCUCCUCCUGAAACAAUAGAAGGAGAGGAAGAAUACAAAGUAGAGCGAAUUAUUGACUCUAAGAGACAACGUGGAAAGUGGUUCUACCUGAUCAAAUGGAAAGGAUAUGGCCCAGAAGACAACUCAUGGGAACCAGAAGAGCUACUGGAACACAGCCAGGAAGAGAUAAAGCAAUUCAACCAAGCUAGACUCAGAAAGGCUUGUGACGCCGCCAAGAGCCUUUAA